AUGUCAUGGGAGGCAUUGAGACGCUUCCGGCUGCCGCAUUUCAAGAAAGUGGCCAAAGUACUGGCUGAAAAAGUCUUUGCUGAAUUCCAGCAAAAACGUCAAGAGCACGCCCAGCUCAAGCUGCUUGAGAUGCAAAAGAAGCAGGUUGAAUGGGCGAGACAAAAAGCUGAAUUGGCUCAGAAGCAGGCGGAGGGGGCUGAUGCAGAAGCGGCUGCAGAAGAGGUUGUUUUAGGGGAGGAGCCCAAGAUAGAGGAGGACACAGAAGAGCAUCCUCCGGCAGUGGAACUCACCGAGGAAGAGAAGAAGUGUUGCUUCAAGAAGCCAAGUCCGGAUGCGACGCUGGACCUCAUGGCUUCAGCGCUCAGUAGUAGCUUUGCAAGCUUCACCAUCCCCGGCGAUGACGAAGGAUUCGACGAGGUGGAUUUUAGUUGGCAGCCCCGAGAAGCUGUGGAAGACUACGUGCGAAGGUGGGUGCAAGAGCACAAAAUCACCACGCGAAUUGACGACUUGCAGCCCAGCGAGUGGUUCAGGGAAAAGUGGCAGAGGUGGCGGGAUGACCUGCAGCGUUGGCACGUGUUGCACAUUGAGUUCAAGGACCCAGCGAAGCGUGUAGCCCUGAUGGCUGCCAAAGCCAAGGAAAAGGAAGAACAGGAACUGGCACAAAAAGUGGAGGACAAAGAACAGAAGGAAGAGGAGAAAGAGGCAGAUCAAAAUGGAAGCAAAGAUGUAGAAAUGCCAGAGCAGAAGGAGGAAGCCAAGAACGGUGAGCAGGACAAAGAACAAAAAGAAGAAGCAAAACCGGGAGCGGAUCAAACUGCAAACAAAGACGCAGAAAUGCCAGAGCAGAAGGAGGAAGCCAAGAACGGUGAGCAGGGCGCAAAGCCUGAAGAGAGCAAAGAUGUUGAAAUGAAAGAGACAGAGGGCGUCGCGGCGAAGAUGGACACUGGCGAGGGAGAGCCCAAGGAAUCUGAGGAAUCCAAGAUGGAGACGGAUGCGAAGGAGAAGAAAGUUGAAGAGGAGGAGGAGGAGGAGAAUGUGGACUACUUGAAAGAGUUAGAGGCAGAGCUGGAGCAAGCUGAAAACGACGUUUUCGAGAUCGAAGACAUCACUGACAUUGGAACUGGCGAACUGCUCUUUUGCAAUUUUGGCUUCGAGGACUGGGCUCUGCUGAGUUUGCGUUUUGAGCUGCACCUUCUGGCGCAUGCCUUUUUGCACGACUGCGGCGAUCCGGAAAGGUCUGGGAUCUAUCCGGAUCAUAUCCUUUUCUACUACAACAAGUACUACAAGAAGGGCUUGCAGCCCAAGAACUAUGGAGUCGAGACAGUGGAGGAGUUAGCCGGUCUCGUCAAUGACACGGUGGUCAUUUGCCCGCCCAAAGUGCUAGAAUCGACUCUUGCUCCAGAGCAGGAGGGAAAUGAUAUUUUUGUCAAACUCACCGAAGAAGCUCGUCGCGAGCGCUUGCGACGACUUGAUGCAGGUGAUGAGAGUGCUCGGUUGAAAUUUGCCACCGGGUCCGCUGUCAAGGCAUCAAGCAAGGCGCCAAUCGUGAUACCCAGCAAAGCCGGGGGUCCAGUGAUCACUGGGAAAGCGGAGCCAGCAAUGCCUCAAGCCUUGCUACAGCAGCAACAGAGGCAGCAGGCAGCACGGCAGCAAAUGCAAAUGCCGGGUGCCAUGCCUGGUGCCAUGCCCGGCGCCAUGCAAGGUGGCAUGCCAGGCGGCAUGCCAGGCGGCGUGCCAGGCGGCAUGCCAGGCGGCAUGCCAGGCGGCAUGCCAGGCGGCAUGCCAGGCGGCAUGCCUGGUGCCGGGCACUUAGAAACAUCAAACGAGCUGCUAGACCCACAUCUAACACCAAAAAUUGCCAUGUUCUCUGAGGCCAUGCCAGUUGGCAUGCAAAGACCCUGGAUGCAGCAACAGGGGAUCAGCCAUGAGCAGUUCAUGCAAGAUCAAAACGCAGUCUUAAUUUCAUUGGAUCCCGGGCUUUGGCUGGUGAGCGCCGGCGCCAAGAUGGCGCCGGAUGUCAUGGCGGCCCAAGUCCAGGGAGAACUCUUCGAUUCACCCACGGCCGCCGCGGCUGUAGAGACAUCACACUUUAGCCGAUUUGGCGACGAAAAGAUGUUUGUGAUGCGACGGCAGCGGUACUUCCAAGUGAGGGACUUCAUUGCUGCAGCAGAAAGUGGACAUGUGUGCAGCUCAGUGGCUGAGUCCUUCAAAGAUUUUACAAGUGACUGGCUUUGGAAGGCUGGAAGAACCUUGGAGUUGGUUGAAGCAGUUAGAAAAGAGCGAUGGGCAGUCAAAGAAGCUGCACACUUCGGCAUGGCAGCGCUGAAGGCCAGCCUGGAGCGUGAGACUCCCGCAGGCCGAAAUCGCGUUUUGCGGCAGUGGCUCGCCAAGUUCAAGGAUCAGGUAAUACCUGCCUGGUCACAGCUGGGUUUUCCAUCGCCACCAAAGAACGUCGAAGACGUGGAUUGUGCCGUUCAAGGAUUGAAUCCGUCCUACAUCCCGUUCAAAUCCGCUGGCCCUCAGCCCAUCCAGCAUCAGUCGAGUCCUGCGGUUCCCGCUGCAGUUAUCGUGUUUGAUUUCGACCAAACUUUGUCUACUCGGCAUGUUGGAGUUUUUGAGGACAUGGCCAGGAUUGGAGAGCGUGCCUUUGGAGGCCCUGAGCGAGUGCAGAUGCUUCGCGAUCUCCUGUCCGAGCUGUCUGAGAGUGCCACUAUCGCCGUGGUGUCGCGCAACUCCAGAUACGUCAUCAACAAGGUUUUGCAGAACUUGGAGCUCAGCAGGUUCUUCGCGGCUUCCUUGAUCUUUGGCUUCGAGGACUUUGGCUGGGAUCGCAGAUGGCCGAUGCCAUGGCGCCUGGAAUUCCUCGAAAACUCGUGCAGUUCCAAGUUCCAAGGUGAUGAAAUUCCGAAAAGCUCCGUGAUUCUAAAGCACAUCCUGCCAGCCUUGAGUGGCAAGCCUAGAUGUGCUCCAAUUGCAUCCCAAAGAUUCGACAAAGGAUACAAGGGCUGA